UAUUAUCCGUACGCCUCGUGUGCUGCGUGAAUUUAAAAAGUUGCCGUUUGUUUGUUAUUACGUUUGACACUAAAUCUAAGCGACAAAAAAAAAAAAAAAAAAAUAAAUACUUGUUAUUAAAUCCGAAUAAUUAACGAUCGCGAUAAAAUUUAUUUUCAUCCGUAUGGUUCGUUUAGGAAAGUUGUACAUAUAUAUAUAGUUAUAAAGAUAAUAUAAAUUUAUAUAUAUAUAUGUGUAUGUGUGUAUGUGUGUGUUAAUAUAUAUAUAUUAUAGGUUUUAUGCAUUAUAAAUACCUUUAAAAGUGUACACGAUGUACGAAAAAUCGCAAAUAGUGCUACUAGAGGAUUAAUACAGUUACAGAUACGAGGUGUUAAAAGUGUAUCCGAGAUCAGCAUGCAUAUUUUAUAUGCGACCGCACUGAUUUUGAUAUUGAUUUUGUGUUUUAUCGAAAAUGCUUCUUCUAAUGUUUCAAUGGAGCCGAGCUCAACAAUUCAAAAUAUACAACCUGUGUCACAAAAAGAAAUGUCCGUACAAAGACCACUUUUUGAUGAUGUUUCACCUCAUAAUGUUACGGCUGUUGUGGGUCAAACUGCCAUUCUCCACUGCAGAGUCAAACAUGUAUCCGAUAGAACGGUUUCUUGGAUGCGAAAACGAGAUUUGCACAUAUUGACAUCCAGCAUCCACACGUAUACUGGAGACGGACGUUUCAGUGUUGUGCAUCCAGAAAAUAGCGAACAAUGGGAUUUGAAGGUAGAAUUUGUGCAAAAAAGAGAUGCUGGCAUAUAUGAGUGUCAGGUGAACACCGAACCUAAGAUCAAUUUAGCGGUGCAACUGAACGUCGAAGGUACGGCUCAAGCCAAUAUCCACGGGCCCCCAGAGGUGUUUGUGAAGAAAGGCAGCACCAUCAGCCUGACGUGUUCGGUGAACGUGCACUCGACGCCGCCCAGUUCGGUGGUGUGGUUGCACGGCACCAAGGUAGUGGACUUUGACUCACCUCGCGGCCGUGGAGGAAUCAGUCUGGAAACAGAGAAAACCGAGUCGGGAACCACCAGCCGGUUGCUGGUCACAAAAGCCGGGCUGUCUGACACUGGAAACUACACGUGCCAGCCGAGCAACGCUAACACGGCCACAGUGUUCGUCCACGUGCUCAACGGUGAACACCCGGCCGCUAUGCAACACGGUGAACACGGUGCAGGUUCCAAAUUAGCCGCGUGGUCUUGGACAUUAACCAUGGCUGUGUUUGCUCUAUCUUAUAGAUGAUGUUAAACAAACUGAUAAAAUAUUGCUCAUACUAUCGUGAGAUAAAUAGAGCAGUCAAUUUUGCGAGGAAAUAACCUUAUAAAAAUAUGUUUAAUAUUGUUUUUUGUUAUUACAUUUUUCUUUAUAAUUUAAUUUGUUUUCUGUUUUAAAU